AUGUCUUAUUUUUCAAAUUUAAGGGAAAGAAUUUUUGGUAAUAAUGAUAGCAAUGGUGUGAACAACAGCAAUAAUAAUAAUAGUAAUAAUAAUAAUAAUUAUGAUUAUGGAGCAACUGAUAUAACAUUUAGAACAGAAUUUUAUCAAUCAAUUGAUAGAGUUAGAGUAUUAGUUAUAGGUGAUACAGCAGUUGGUAAAUCGUCAUUAGUUCAUUUAAUUUGUAAUGACCAAGCAUUAACUAGGUCUCCAUCAUGGACUGUUGGUUGUAAUACUGAUGUCAAAAUUCACGAAUAUCAUUCAAAGGAUUAUUAUAUAGAAUUUAUUGAUAUUGGUGGAUCAACUAAAUAUAAGAUUACAAGACCAAUACUUUAUCAUCAAAUUAGUGGCAUUAUUGUUGUUUAUGAUUUAACCAAUAAAAUCUCUUUAAAAAAUGUCAAGAAAUGGAUAUUCGAAGUUUUAAAUAAAAUUUCACCAAACCAAACUUCUUCAAAUUAUAAAUUAAAAGAAACUGAAAGUAAUCAAGUUUUAGAAUUAGAAAAUACAACAGAUUCUUUAAAUAAUAAUAAUAGUAAUACUAGUAAUAUUAACACCACCAAUAGUAAUAAUAGUAAUAAUAAUGGCUAUUAUUAUUAUCAACAUCAAUCACCAAUUCAAUCUUCACCAAAUACAAAUAAUAAUAAUAAUAAUAAUAAUACGACAACAACACCAACACAACAAACUCCAAAUUUAAGAAGAUUAAAUUUUAUAAAUAGCCAUAGUAAAAAGAAUUUGGGAACUGAAAGUAAUAUAAAUGUAACCAAUAGUAUUAGACCUACAUUCCUAUCACAAACAUCAUUAUUUUUACCUUCAAAUACUCAAUCUCCAAUUACACCACCAAUAAUUACAAAUAAAAAGAAAUCAAUUAAUAGUAAUAAUGGCUAUGGAAGUAAUAAAUCAUUAAAUAAUAUACCAGUACUAAUAAUGGGGAAUAAAUGUGAUUUAUAUUUUGAUAGACAAUCAAUCGAGUCUGAUAGUCUUGGUAAGUUAAGUUUAUUAGUCAGUGCAAAAUUUCCUCAAACUUUUAGUCAAUCAUCUUAUAAUUUAAGUAGAUUAGAAAUAUUUUAUAAUAAAAUGAUCUCAAAUUUAAUUUCAAAUAAAAGAGGUGGUAAUCCAACUCAUAUGAGUUUUAAUUCUCAAAUUUAUAAUACUUUAUUAAAUAAUCCAUCUCCACCACCAAACAAUAAUAAUAAUAAUAAUAAUAAUAAUAAUAAUAAUAAUAAUAAUAAUAAUAAUAAUAGUAAUAGUAAUAAUAAUAAUAAUAAUAAUAAUAACAAUAAUAAUAGUAAUAUUAAUUUUAUGCAACAAUCACCACCAAUUUAUUCAUCUCAACACUCAUACCCCACAGAAAGCGAUUAUUAUAGUUUAAAUAAUAAUAAUAAUAAUAAUAAUAUUCAAAUCGAAUCGCCAACGACUCCAUCACCACCACCAUCUCAACUUUUUAAUCAAUAUAUAACUUCAAAUUUUACACCUCAACAAUUAAUGCCACCUCCAACUUUUAUACCUACCCACAAUAAUAAUAGUAAUUUAAAUAAUAAUACAAAUAAUAGUAAUAAUAACAAUUUGACUAUCAACAAUAAUAGUAACAGUAGAACCCCAUUAAGAAGUAGAAGUACAUCUUUUGAAAGGAGUGCAAAAAAUUUUUAA